AUGGCGAUCUCUUGCGCUGCUUUCAAAUCGUCAGCUAUAGUGAGAGAAUCGCUGUCAGUCAUCACUGUAAUACUUGAACUGUUCUCUACGGUCAAAGAUUGCAAUGUUUUGGUAUGCGGCGGAGAUGGUACAAUUGGAUGGGUCCUUGAGUCGAUGGGACAAAAUGAGCACACGUUUGUGCAUGGAAGACCCUCCCGUGACGAUACUCCACCUCGAACGGGUAACGAAUUUAGCCAGGAUGUUACGAUGGGAGUGCGAGGCUACGACGAACGAAAGUCUCUAACAAGGUUCAUUGCACGUCAAAUCGAGAAAGCCACCUUGGUAAGCGGCCAACUGUUCUCUGGUUGUCUUUUUGUAGCAAUACAUUGUUCAGGUGGAUUUAGACAGAUGGUUCAUCAAAAUUAUGCCAAAGGAAGAGGCACAAAAAAGGAAAAAGGGGAUUCACAGCCUUACCAGAUCAUCAACAACUACUCAGUCAUGGCAAUUUUUGAUGCGUCAAUAGCCCAUCGAUUUCACGUGAUGCGAGAAAAAUAUCCUGAAAAAUUCAGCAGUAGAAUGAGGAACAAGUUAUGGUAUUUCGAACUAGGAACCAGUGAGACUCUCUCCAGCUCAUGUAAGAAUCUCCACGAGCAGAUUGAUAUUCACUGUGAUGGUGAGGCGGUGGAUUUGGGACAAGACUGUUCAUUAGAAGGCAUUGCUUUAUUGAACAUUCACUCCAUCUAUGGAGGUUCAGAUCUAUGGGGGAAGAACCGCAAGGGAAAGCCGCGCUUUGCUUUUCACGUGGCUCGUUCGAAUUCUGAUGAAAAGAUGCAAUUACAGACGAGAGUGCAAGACAUCGGUGACGGGCUCAUUGAGCUAGUUGGCCUGGAAUCGGCUAUGCAAAUGGGUCAGAUCAAAGCUGGUGUACGAGGAGCUCGCAGACUUUCGCAAUGCUCUACUGUCACCAUCGAGACAUUCAAAUCGUUUCCUAUGCAGAUCGAUGGCGAGCCAUGGAUGCAACCACCUUGUUUGAUUCAAAUCAAUCACAAGAACCAAGUGAAGCUGUUAGUUGCGCCGAGAAAGAGGAGUUCAUGGUCGCUAUUAGGUCGUCAGUCGACAUCGGAUGACCUUUAA